GGGCGGAGCUGUUCUCGGCUGUUCAGUGGGCGGAGCUAACCGACUGUUCCGAGCAGCCACACGGUAACGCGGCGGAAAAAAGCAGAGGUUGACAAGUUUGUUGUGGCUGAAGAAGAUGACUACGCUACCGGAUACUCUAAAGGAUAAUGAUCUCCAGUAGGAUUCACUCUUAUAGAUGUCUGUCUCAGUCUCUCCCAAUGUGUGCUCUAGUGCAUCUCAGCUUCAAGUCAUAAAUGUCCUGUACACACCCUCUCACACACUGAAAAGAUCUGAUUCGCUCAUGUUGGUUUGGUUGGACUGUCACAUUUCCUACCAUGAAAAGGCCAAAGCAGCAGUCCCAGGCCUUUAGCUUCCUCAGUUUCUUUACCCGCAAGCCCAAGUCAGACCCCAAGAGUGAGAAACCUGCGGCUGCCUUGAGUCGAGAUGAAGUGGUGAUUACGCUGACGCCCAACGAGCAGGAGCACGCACAGAAUGAGCCACCUCACAGUGAGAGAGAUGGAGGUGGAGAGGCUGCUGAAACAGGCUCAGUUAAGGCUGAAGGAGCUGAGCUUGAGCAGGCUGUGGAGUGUGUGAGCAGUGGCUCCACAGGCGUCGUGUCGCUUUCCUCCUCUAGCCAAGAGCAGCUCCUAGAGCACCUGGUGGAAUGUCCACUGUGCCUGCUGAGCCAGCCUCGUGCCCACUUCCCCCGUCUGUCCUCAUGCCCACACCGUGCGUGCACUGACUGCUUGCGUCAGUACCUGCGCAUUGAGAUCUCAGAGAGCCGUGUGGGUAUUGCCUGCCCACAGUGUCCUGAAGCACUAGCGCCACCGGAUGUGCGUGCAAUCCUAGAUGACAGUGCAUUGCUCGAACGUUUUGAGGAGUAUCAGCUCCGCCGUUUCCUGGCAGCCGACCCCGACACACGCUGGUGCCCAGCUCCGGACUGCAGUUAUGCAGUGAUAGCUUAUGGUUGUGCCGAGUGCCCUAAGCUGAGCUGUGGCCGUGAGGGCUGUGACACAGAGUUCUGCUACCACUGCCGUCAGCUGUGGCACCCAGACCAGACUUGUGACCAAGCCAGACGACAACGUGCCCGCCACACAUUGGGCAGCAACGACACCUCAGCACUCUAUGUCUUCAGUGAGGAACCUGGCGGAGAUGCAGAGGAGAUUAAAGCUUGUCCACGCUGUGGUGCCUAUAUCAUGAAGACUAAUGAUGGCAGCUGCAACCGGAUGAACUGCACAGUUUGUGCCUGUCAGUUCUGCUGGCUGUGUAUGCAGGAGAUCACAGACGUGCACUACCUCAGUCCCUCAGGCUGUACUUUCUGGGGAAAGAAGCCGUGGUCACAGACACGAAAGGUCCUGUGGCAGGUGGGAAUGCUGCUUGGGGCUCCAGUGGUGAUCUCACUGAUUGCAGGCAUCGCCAUACCUGUCAUUAUCGUGGGCAUCCCGAUAUACAUGGGCCGCAGGGUCCAUGGACGCUGUAAGAAAAACAAUAUCUCAGGAAGUAAACAUUACUUGACAGUAGCCAGCGGGGUCAUGACAUCAGUGUUCGUCUCUCCAGUCUUAGCAGCCGUCACUGUGGCGGUUGGAGUGCCUCUGAUGCUGACGUACGUUUAUGGCGUCGUCCCCAUGUCUCUGUGUCGUAACGGCUGGUGCAGGCCUCAAACUGAAGCCCCUGAAACGCGGAAGAUCCAGUUAGAGGACCUGGCCACCUAUCUUUUGUUUUCUCAUGUAGUCAGUGAUCACUGGACUGGGCAGCCCAAGCCAGGGCUGAACGAUAUCGGUCUCCAGGAAGUGAGUGUGGAUGAAGCAGUAGCAUUACCGAGUACAAGUGCUGUCCUCUCACAGCCUGAGGGAUCCUCCAAUCCGUCUGAUGAUGUACAGGUGGUAAGCACCAAACAAGACAACAAAUCAGAUGAUGUGGAUGCUGUUGAGGAGUGUGUCUUUAGCAGCGCACAGACCUUUGCUUUGAGGGAGGGAACUAAUAUUGAGGUACGGGUGGAGAUUGAGGCACAGCCACGCGGUGGACGUCAGCCCAGUCUCAGCAGCGUCCUUUCAAGCCGGAGUCUGUCAGCUGAAUCCCUCCAUCAAUCACACGAUCCUCUCAGUGCCUCCCAAAGGCCAGUGAAUGAAGAACCCCAGCCAAUUACACAGACAGACAAUGUCUGAUCCUCAGCCGCUUUCACCACCCACUGUACUUCCGACCAGCUGCUUCUAGCCUCUGUCUGUUCACACAGAGACAGAGAAAUGGAGACCAAUGGAGCGAGAGAGGACGAGAGGACGAGAGAGCAAGAUAGAAAUGAUUCAGUAUCAUGACAGAAGGCAUGGGGACAAACGUCCAGGGCAGCUGUCAAUAUACCACUAUGAUGACUAAUGAUGAUAGUAUGAACUAAAAUGGCCCAAAGCAUGUUUGCGAGCCAGUCUUGUGGUUGUUAGCCUCUUUUUUACUGUGGUACAAUGAGAAAAUUGGCUAUCCAGAUGGUAUUUUAUUUAAUUUAUUUGUUUAGCCCUUCUUAUAGCUGCAAUAUACUUUUGUAUUAAGUGGCUGUACGAUUUCAUCCCUUAAAAUAAUCCAAUAAAUUCAAGAACCACAGCAUGAUUUUCUCUGAAGCAGUGAGUUUCCUAGAUUGACAUACAGCUUUUACACAAUAUUAUGGAAUCUAUUGCUUCCUUGCCUGGAGAACACAAUACUACUGGCAACUGUGCAGCAGGGUAUCCUGUCAUUCCCAUAUGAUGUUCAUUCACUUCAAUUAUACAGGUUUUAACAGAACACUAGGUCUUAUUUAAGUUGCAGUGAAAAUAAUGGGCCUUUGAUCUAGAUUUAGCCUAUGAGCCUACUUAUGAAAAUACUAAUCUCUUCAACAUUCCCUGUAUGUAGCAACUAACUAAACAUAAGCCUUGUUAAUGCAGCUGAAAGGAAGGCAUCUUGGCCAGAAUGAUUCUCCAUAACUGUAUUGCAUCCAGUGUGUAAGACUACAGACUGCUUACUGAAAUUCAUUCGAACUUGAGUUAUUUUAUACAAUCUCUAGACGGCCACUGUGUCCUAUUUCUCUAAUGACCGAGCCAAAAAACUGCGUUCAGCUUAGAUCAUACAACUGGAUGAGCACUUUUCUGGACUACAGAUACUAAAGAUAGUAGGGAAAGGGGUGUUAUGCUUGUCCAGUUCUUGUAUACAGAAGGAAUCAAGGAAAGCUUCCGUAAUAUGGCUGGAUCUAUUUCCAUGAGUGCAACUGAGUCAUAGUUAAGGCAGUCUCUCAAAUCACAUCUACUGCAUAUAGAGGCAUGAAGGCACUACCACGCUGCUUGCAGAAACCACCUAGAUUUGCUCUGUGCAAGUCAUCAGAGAGCAGCAAAGUGAAAUCUCACAUCAGCAUGCCAUCUGAGGCCUCUUCUUUCCCAAGAAAAAAGCAGAUAGGUAAAAAGAAGCCAGUAUAUUUCACAUGUUUGGCAAAGAUUUCAUUGUGUGGGUGAAUAUACCCACAGAUCAAAAGUUAACCAUAUGUAUGUGCAAUGUAGAUUUGGAAAACUGAAAUGGUGUAUGAAUAAACAGAUUCUGAGUAAGAAAUCAA